AUGAUGAGUCAAGAAAAUGAUACCCAGCCAUUCAUCGAGGAAGUAAUUUCGGAAGCUGUCGAUGAUGAUAUUGGCUAUCGUAUUGAAGCCAAAGCAACCCGAAAGGUCAAGAUUGCUGGAGGCAUUCUAUCACAAGAUUUUGGAUUUGGAAAGACCAUUUUAGUCCUUUCAAUCGUUGCUCGAAACUUGAAAAAGUUGGAAGACCGAAUCCAGAAUAACCCCUACGUGAAGGGUGCCAUUCCAUCCAAAGCCACCUUGGUCCUUGUACCACCACAUCUGAUGGAUCAAUGGAAUGGUGAGGCGAACAAAUUCAUGAACUGUUUCUUCAAGAAAUCAUCCAAAAUUCAAGAUGUGAUUAUCAUCAAGAGCUUCAAGAAGCUUAAAGGUUUGACGGUACAAGACUGUAAUAAUGCUAAGCUUGUGAUUGCCAGUUGGGAUGUCUGCAAUUCAACUGGCUACCGUAAAGCUUUCGCUCAGUUCGCUGGCAAGGUUGAAUGCGAUGAUAACACACCGCCACGUGCCAAACAACAGUGGUACAAGGAUGCCUUGAAGAUGGUGGAAUCAAACCUCGAAAAAUUCAUGCACGACCCUGUCUACACUGAUAAAAAUAAUCCUGGUCCAGCUCAGGACUUGCUUGAAUCACAAUUCGAACAAAGUGUCAAGGAGGCCAAUCAGCACAGUCGAUUUGUUCCCUCAAAGCAUGUCACCGGGUCUAAAUAUGUCGGUGCCGAAACCAGAACGGCUCUGCUUUCUGAGGGUUCUCAGCCGAGAGAAAAGCGCAAGAGAGAUCAGCAGGUGACUUCUGGUCAUUUCAACUUUGCUGCCCUCUCCGAGAGAGGUAUCGAUGGUCUCGACUUCCCACUCUUCGAGUUCAUGAAUUGGGGUCGUAUUGUGGUUGAUGAACACACAUACGCAAAGCCGGAGCACACAAGAAUUUUUCACUGCCUCAAAGGAUGGAUGACUUGGGCCCUGUCAAGUACUCCUCCUCUCGAUAAUUUCCAUGGCGUUGAGGCCAUGGCUUCAUUACUCGGUGUUAAUCUUGGUCGUGAUGACCAUACCAUCAUGAAGGCCGACGAACGAGAAAGAAGACGAGCCAGCUCACAACCUCGGAAAAGUUCUCUAUUUACCAAGAGACCGCAUCACCAGCCUGGCAGCGAACAGAGACGAGCACGCCCAAGCUUUCUUAGAUCACUUUGUGCGAAAAGAUUUCCUCGAUUUGAGCAAUAUCGAAUGCGAGCAGAGUAUUGUGGGUGUUAA